AGUGCCAAGAUGAAGUGGUUUGUAGUUGCCGCUCUUUCUUUGUGCGUCCUCGUACCCACCGCUCACUGCGAAUCAAUAGCCUGGUGUUAUCACCUCCCAUCCUGCAAUGCCUCCACCUGGCCAACACUUUUCCCCCAGUAUUGCAACGGCAGCCGGCAGUCACCCAUUAACAUCGUCUCAGCAUCUGCCACACCGAACGACAACCUGACUUCAUUCACUUUUGUAAAGUAUGACGACACCUCCGCGAUGACAUCCAUAGAAAAUACUGGCGAGACAGUCAAAGUGACCCUUAAGAGCGGAGUUAAGAUUUCAGGAGGGGACCUGUCCGAGCAAUACGACAGCCUGCAGUUCCACUUCCACUGGGGCAACGGCUCCUCUGUGCCCGGCUCAGAGCACACAGUGGAUGGAAAGCGCUAUCCUAUGGAGCUGCAUAUUGUGAACAGCAAGUCAUCCUACAAUGGGAAUACAAGUCUAGCUGUUAAUGACUCCACCGGACUUGCAGCGCUUGGUUUUUUUAUCGAGGUAAUGUCAGGCAACUCAACUGGUCAGCCGGAAAGCUGGCGCAAUUUGACCUCUUACUUGGCCAACAUCACAGAAAAAGGUCAGAAAGUUUCCAUUGCAGCCGGGUUUUCCCUGGAUGACCUGCUCGUCGGUGUGGAUCGCACUAAGUAUUACCGCUACCUUGGAUCCUUGACGACCCCAGCUUGUAAUGAGGCGGUGGUCUGGACCGUUUUUAAGGACCCGAUUAAAGUCAGCAAAGAUCUGAUUGACCUCUUCAGCACCACAGUGCGUGUCGAAAACAGCAUGUCAGAACUAGUGACAAACGUCUACAGAAGCCUGCAGCCAGCACAGCCAGUCUCAACUCAGAGCGUCAAGGCCUCAGCCUCCACAACCUGCUUCUCCCUGAGCCUGCUGCUCCUCAGUCUUGCACUGGGCUGGAGUUGGAGCUAAAAUAGAAAGAGGACGUCAUCAACAACUUUGCCGAUCAACCAGUUGCCUCACUUCGGCACAUGCGUUCUUUCCCCAUUUAACUAAAACCGACCUUUGCUGAUUUCUAAUGUAGCUCUUUGUGUUGGACAUAAUCACGAAAAUUGUGAAGAAUAAUUUAUUCAGGUGAAGGCUACCUCUCCGCACAAGUUAUUUCUGCUAUCUCUUGAUUAUGGCUACCUGUGACAAAGCACUUACCUGUUGUCAGAUUUGAGUCUGUA